UCUAAAAUAUUAGAUAUUUAAACUGAUUAAUCUUUCUAUGUGUAUAAAUUGUGUGUGAAUUUUCCCAAACAGUCCUCUCACUGUAGCCGCCAGCUCUCUUCAUCAGUCUUCUUUAAAGUUGACAUGUCUGUGGUGUCUCAAAGGGUUCUUGUGGUCUCCGACAACUAUAACUCACUAUAUAACAACACUGCAGCUGUAGUCAAGAGACGCUGGACUGUUCAUAUAAAAGUGCUGAUGCACGUUUGAGAGGAAGCAUGAGGACAAAGAUGUAUUCUGUUAGUCUGCUCGUGUUUUCUACAUUCCUCUUGCACGGUGCAUCUGGUGUUGAGACAGAUGGGGUGUCAGUGUCAGUGAUGGAGGGAGAUUCAGUCACUCUACACACUGAUGUUGAAACAAACAAACAAGAAAAGAUUCAUUGGUAUUUUAAUGACACUCGCAUCGCUCAAAUCAGUGGAGAUCAGAGUUAUAUCUGUACAGAUGUUCAGUGUGAAGGUGGUGAUGAGAGAUUCAGAGACAGACUGAAGCUGGAUCAUCAUACUGGAUCUCUGACCAUCACAAACAUCACAGACACUGGACUUUAUGAAUUACAGAUCAUCAGGGGUAGCAACAGUCCCAUGAUCUUCUAUGUUACUGUUCAUGGUGUUCUUGCUGCUGAACAAGAUAAAAUGCAGAGAAAGUCAGUGAAGGAGGGAGAAUCUGUCACUUUAGAUCCUGGAGAAAUAAGAAAACCAAAUGAUUUAGUGACAUGGUCUUUUAAUGACAGUCUCAUCACUGAAAUCACUGGAGAUCAGAGUAUGAUCUGUACAGAUGAUCAGAGCUUUCUUGCGAAUUACAGAUCAUCAGGGGUAGCAACAGUCCCUUGA